CAUUUUUUAAUUAAAGUCCGUACUGAACAAACAUGACAAAGGAAUUCAGCAACAAAGCAGAGGUAAGUGUAGGGUUGAAAACCUUGUGGCAAGCCCUGUCCAAGGAUUUGGCUGUCAUAAUUGCAAAGGCUAUACCAACUAUUGUGAAAGAUGUGAAAGUGGUCCAAGGCGAUGGAGGGGUUGGCACAAUCUUCCACUUCACUUUCUUCUCUGGUGUGUCCCCCGUAAGUUACCAGAAGGAGAAGAUCACAGAGCUUGAUGAAAUUUCCCAUGAAUUUGGGCUGCAAGUGGUUGAAGGGGGCUAUCUGAAUCAAGGUUUCUCUUACUACAAGACAAGUUUUCAACUUUCUGCAUUGGAAGAGCAUAAGACUUUGGUCAACGUGAAGAUCUCUUUUGACUAUGAGUCGGACACAGAAGAAAGCACUCAACCAAUGAAGACAGCAGAGUCUGCUUUAUUCUUUGUUAGAUGCCUAGAAACAUAUCUGUUGAGUGAUGCUUAAUAUUAUGCAUCAAUCAUGAAGUAUUUGCGGCUGGUUAUUAUCUUUUGCCUUUUGCCCCUUUAAGAAUAUUAAUGUUUGAAUGUUUUAAGUGACUGGAUUUGGAAUGAAGAUGCAUGAGGCUCUUGCUUCGCUUCAAUUUGAUUACA